ACUGAGCAAUAAGUUUUCAUUCUGAAGUUCAGAAUCUGAACUGCGCCAUUUAGAAAAGGGGGAAUCCCAAGAGUCUACCAGAACAUUGUGCAAAGUUGUACUUUAAUAAAAGAGAAUCAUGAGUUUCGCUGGAAAUUUAAAGCAUAUUUUAAGCAAAUUGGAUUUCUCCGAUAAGGAUCGCGUUGAAUAUACUAAGGAUGCUGUAGAAAUUCAGAAUUUUGUGGUCCAGCAGCUACAAGAGAACGACGAAACUUUUCGCCGUGUCUUUGCUGGAUUUAGCCUGGGAGGAAGCUACUUGGAUCGCGUGAAGCUGGUGACUCCGGAUGAGUUUGACCUUCAUAUGAAGCUCAAGUUUCCAUACGAAAUCACUCCGAAAAGAGACGAAAAAGGAUUUGUCUUCCUUUAUGCACCGAACGGAUAUGCACCGGGCGUGGCUACCGAUAACUAUAUCCAUCGGGAUUUUCUCCAAAACUGGUUGCGAGGUGCCUUUGAGAGGGUAUUUAGUUCGUCGGUGCGUGUUCGUGCCACUUACGGUGUCUACACCUUGAAGUACACUUUGGCAGGGUAUGCCUGUGCCCACACCAUUGAGGCAGUGAGCGGAAACCGUGAAAUAUCUUUCGAUCUGGUACCGGCUUUCGAAUUCGACUCAUCGCUUUUUCCGUUUUAUAUUCCUCCGUUCAUAAAAAAUGGAUCUAGCCAAUAUCCAUGGUUCGCCGUUCCACAAAAAAAAUCGGGCAGCAAUGAUGAGCGCACCUUUAUCGUUUGUGCCCCGCAUUGGGAGCGCGAAAUGAUGAAGAAUUCUUACAACUUCAAGAACGUGCUGCGCCUCAUGAAGGGACUAAAGGAUAAGGCUGGGAGGGACUCUUUGCCCCACUUGACCAGUUACAUGCUGAAGACCGUUAUGCUACAUAAACACAACUCUGUGAACUGGCACCAAGAUGAGGGAACGCUUUUAGUGGAGAUGUGGAGAAGCCUGGUGGAGCAUCUUCGUUCGGGGCGGCUGGACUUUAUCCUUGCCGAGAAUCACAACAUAUUUGACCGCAUGACUUAUAAUGAGCGCAGCACCUGUUUUGCUAAUGCUAAGGAAAUUUUGAACAAACUAUGCAAUAGUUAUUAUCGGAACAACUUGCAAGCAUUGUCCCAGCUUUUUCCUUAAACAAUGAGAAAUGUAUCGCUUAAUAUCAGCAAGAAUAAAUAAAUUGCUUUGAAUAUGCUAAAUGUAUCGCUUAAUAUCAGCAAGAAUAAAUAAAUUUCUUUGAAUAUGCUAACCCCA